UAAGUACACGAAAUACGAUAUGGAGUACUUUUAGGUGAGAUGAAUGUAGACUGUCUACGUGAACGUCUGCAUACUGAGUCGUAUUCGUCUCUGCCCACGAGAUAUUGCAGGUGGGCUGGGAAUGGGAGUAUUGCCAACAUCUCCCUCUACUCCACCUCGUUACAGCAUUGCAAGAGCUGAAUAAAGUCAAUCAUUCCACAUUCCAGAAUCGUCGUCGUUCAGAAUGUCCGGUACUGUUUCUAGACAGAUAUGGGUUCUUAUCCCGAGAUCACGGAUACUAAUAUUAGUUAUGACGCUGUUUGAACGUCAUGGCUUUGAGAUUUACACUCCACAAACUCAGGCGAUUACCAAUCAGCACGAUAUACGUUAACCCAAGAUCACACAUUUGCGAAAAGUAUCACACACUCUCCAAACUCUACCAACCAUGAAUCUACUGCAACCCCCACCCAUCGACACCUCCCGCUGGACCCAGCACAUCGCCCCAAUUACCACACCAUCCGGCGAGCAAAUCCGCCUCAACUACAUCGACUGCGCACCCGCACCUUCCUCCAAACCCAGCAGCACCAUCCUCCUUAUCCACGGCUUCCCCCAAACAUCCUACCAAUUCCGCCAUGUAAUCACACCCCUCUCAAACGCCGGCUACCGCGUCAUCGCCCCGGACUACCGUGGCGCAGGCCAAUCCUCCAAGCCGUCCUCUGGCUACCAAAAAACGCAAAUGGCAGAGGAUCUAUACACCUUGCUGCACUCGCACCUUGGCCUCAAAGAAAAGACUCACGUCGUCGGCCACGACAUCGGCGGCAUGAUCGCUUUCGCGUACGCAUCACGCUAUCCAGACGACACGGCGAGCGUGAUCUGGGGCGAGUGCCCCUUACCCGGUACUUCAUUCUACGAGGCGCACAAGGCAACGCCGGACCUCUUCCAUUUCGUAUUCCACCGCGUGCCCGAUCUACCGGAGUUCUUGAUUGCGGGCAAGGAACGCGAGUACCUGAAGCACUUCUUUGAUAAGUUAUUGUUUAAUAGCGCAGCUAUUACGCCUGCAGAUGUUGAUAACUAUGUUCUGGCGUAUGAGCAGCCGGGGGCCGUGAGGGCGGGGUUGGAAGUUUAUCGUGCGUUUGAGAAGGAUGCGGAAGAGAAUCGGGAGUGGCUUGCUGAGAAGGGGAAGGUUAAAGUGCCGUCGUUGGUGUUGAUGGGGAAGGAAUGCAUGCUUUUGGCAGGGGCGGAGGAGAUGGCGAGUGAGUGCCAUGAGGACGCUGAGGUGGUGAGUGUGGAAGGGGCGGCGCAUUAUGUUGCGGAAGAAAAUCCGGAAGGAUUCGUGGAUGCUGUGUUGGAGUUUGUGGAGAGGCAUUGAAGUUUUUCAUUUUGAAUACUGCAUGUAGCGUCAA